ACUGCUAAACUGUUUUUUAGGUUGUGACCCACUAGUGGAGAAAAACUGUCCUAGAUUAUUGUCCCGCUCUGAUCGAGAACAGGAAAUUCUUUCUGUCAGUUGAUUGUGAAAAGGUUCUGGAACGUUUGCUGUUUUCAGAAGAGCAAUGAGCUGCAAACGCACUCUCCUAUUUCUGUUCCUCUGUGGCUUUGCUGCUCUCUCUGUUUCGGUGAAAUGUACACCAGAGCUACUAGAGGGAACAUCCUGCACCAUCGAUCUAGCGUCAAAAAACAUUGAUAAAUCUAAAGAGAUCAAAUGGGUCCAUCUCUCCAGUGAGUUAGUGAUUCACAGAAGAAAUGGGAAGAUCAGGACAAACACUCUCAGUGGAACAAAUAUAGAAGACAAUGGGUCACUAACGUUUCAGAGUGUUAGUCUGAAUAACACCGGCAAAUAUAAAUACAGUUUAUAUGCUAUUGAUGGUACAGAGACAAGCGGGGAAGAGGAAAUUCAAGUUUUUGCAAAGGCUCCUAAACCUACCGUGAGGAUCGACUGCAAAGAUGGUCUUAAACUCAUCUGUGACGCUGGAAACCGUACAGAUCUGUCUGUAUCCUGGUAUAAAGAAGCCAAAAGCAUGAAUAUUGGAGAACUGAGCUUGAAAUCUGGUCAAGUAGAGGCGAAUAAACCGUACUCAUGCAGAGUAAGCAAUACGGUCAGCAACGAGGAAAGUAACAGCGUUACACCAUCAUGUAAAGAUGCAGGUACAGGCGCUCCAGGUGAAGCCCUGUUUCCUUCUACACUCUUUGGCUUUGAUUUCUGGAUCAUGGUGAGCAUUUUAGCGGGCGGCGGAGCCCUUCUGCUGCUGCUGAUAUGUGUCCUCAUCAUCUGUGCAUGUCGAAGCUGCAGACGACGCGAGAAGCACACACGUGAUGAAGAAGAGAUGAGGCUGAGGAUUCAUACCAAACCAGAGCCAAAAAACGGUGAACAACAGCUAACUACAGAUGACAACCUGAGCGUUCAUGCUUUCCAAACAGCUUGUUUUUCACAGAGCUCCUAAAAAAAAAAAAGCUGUAAAAACACGCCGAGAUGGUUUUUGUUACUUAUACCACAAAUAUAUAUAUAUCCUAAAGUACAUCAACGACUAAAAUAAAACUCUCAAAAGAUGCACGCCAUGGGACUUUUAACUCAAGGUUGUUACUAUAAUUAAAACUGAACUUAAUAAUAAUAGUACUGUCUGCUCAUCAUGAAAAAAAUACAAUAAAAAUCUCACCCUUAAAACAAGUA